GAGGAGGAGGAGGCGGCGGCGGCGGCGGCGCGCGCGGGGAUUUUGCUGCGUCACCACGGGCCGAGCGCUGCGCGGGGCAUUGUGGGAGCGAGGCCGCGCCAGAGCCCCCGAGCCCGCCCGGAGCCGCCACCGGAGCGUCCACCGGAACCCCCCCCCCCCUCCCUCCGGAACCUUCCCGGUACCGCCCAAGCACGAGCCGCGACACCGCCCGGAGCCUUCCGCACCCCCUCAGGAGCGCCCGCCGGAGCCGUCGCCAUCCGCCAUGCAGCCUGCCUCUGCCAAGUGGUACGACCGGAGGGAUUACGUCUUCGUGGAGUUCUGUGUGGAGGACAGCAAAGAUGUAAAUGUCAAUUUUGAAAAGUCCAAACUCACCUUCAGUUGUCUUGGAGGAAGUGAUAACUUUAAACAUUUAAAUGAAAUCGAUCUUUUUAAUAAUAUCGAUCCAAAUGAAUCAAAGCAUAAAAGAACAGACAGAUCCAUCUUGUGCUGUUUACGAAAAGGAGAAUCUGGUCAGGCAUGGCCAAGGUUAACAAAAGAGAGGGCAAAGCUCAACUGGCUCAGCGUGGACUUCAACAACUGGAAAGACUGGGAGGACGAUUCAGAUGAAGACAUGUCCAACUUUGAUCGUUUUUCUGAGAUGAUGAACAACAUGGGAGGAGACGACGACGUAGACUUGCCAGAAGUAGAUGGGGCAGAUGAUGACUCACCAGACAGUGAUGAUGAAAAAAUGCCAGAUCUGGAGUAAGGCAAAGUGUCGUCUUCAGGGUUUUGGGGAAAGAAGUUCAUCACAACAUUUCAUAAUUGAGAUAAGAAUUCCUGAGUUGAUAAGCCCUAAAGGGAGAUCCUGCAUCCUUUAACCCAUUUUCAGUCCAUUUUAAAUGGCUUUCACUGAUGGUAGGUGUGUCCCAUGGCACGGGGCGGUCUCAAAGCCACGAGAGGCAAUAACAGUUAUGCAUGAAAAGUUUUCCAAACUUCCAAAAAAAAAGAUAAAGAAAGAUAAAAAAACCAUCAAACCAACCCAAUUGAGGUGUAGGUAAUCAAUUGAGAAGAGUUGCAAUAAAGUUUGCAGAGCCUCCAAUUACAAUGGGAAAACCCUGAAUUAACACUGAGAGGUUUAAAUGAGUUUUUUUUUCCCCCUUUUUUGUCCAUUUAUCCUGGGAACAAAACCACAAAAUUUAAAAGUUCUUUUAUCAUUGGCUCCCCCAAAAAAACAAAACUAAAAUCCAGCAGGGCGAGGCACAUCCCCUCCUGUUCCUAUUAACAACAAAAAGUUCAUUUUAAAAACAAAAAAACUUCCAAAUUUUCCUGGUUUUUGGUGUUGGAACCCCUUGAUCCCGUGGUGUGACCCCCCCCCAAACCUUUCUCCACCUCUUCCUCCUCCUCCUCCUCGCCCGGGGUGCGAGUUGGCUGUACAUUGUUGCUUGUCAAUCUGUACAUUUUAGACCAAAAUCGUAUUUGCACUGUGGGUUUGGCAGCAAGUGACAGGACCGUGGAACCGGGCUGAAAAACCUCAAUUUCUGUUCAGAGCAGCUGGGAUUUUUUUAAUGUCUGCAUUCUUUCUAAUAAACUGUUGAAGACUCCCUGGCUCU